AUGUCCUCUGUCAGUCUUAAAACCCUUGAGCGCAAAGUACUGGCCGCACAACCGGUCGAUCCAGAUCUAACUGCUAAACUUUUAGGACGUGGUGUUGCAGUAUCACCUAUCGUUACUGUUGAACCACGUCGUCGUAAAUUCCACAAGGCCAUAACAUUGAGUAUGCCCGCCCCUAAGGCUCACAGUCAGGGCAUGAUAAAUCAAUACUCGGGCAAUACUCCCACCCUGCGUUUACUCUGUUCCAUAACCGGAGGUCCUUCAAGGGCUCAAUGGGAGGAUGUUACCGGAUCUACACCACUGACAUUCGUCAAUGACUGCGUUUCAUUUACUACCACCGUUUCGGCACGAUUUUGGCUUAUGGAUUGUCGUAAUAUUAGUGAAGCUACAAAAAUGGCCACUGAAUUAUACAAGGAAGUGAUUCAUGUUCCAUUUAUUGCAAAAUUCGUGGUGUUUGCGAAAAAGGUUGAACCAUUUGAAGCCCGCCUACGCGUAUUUUGUAUGACAGAUGAUCGAGAGGAUAAAACUCUUGAGAAAAUGGAACUUUACACACAAGUUGCUAAGAGCCGAGAUGUGGAAGUACUUGAGGGCAAACCUCAGUACAUAGAAAUGGCGGGUAACUUAGUGCCUGUAACAAAAUCGGGCGAACAAUUACAACUGCCAUUUAAAGCAUUUCGAGAAAAUCGGCUCCCGUUCACUGUAAGAGUUAAGGAUCAACAUGCUGAUAUAGUUGGUCGUACACUAUUCAUGAAAGAGCCAAAAGUCGCCAAAGGAGAACCGCCACAGCAUCCAAUUUGCAUACUUAACAUUGUUUUGCCGGAAGCUGUAAUACCUGAUUCCGUAACUGCCUUCUCAGAUAAAAUCACACCCACGUAUCGUAGUUCGUUGUUAAGCUUUAGCAAACAUCAGAACGACCAUUAUAUUGGUGAUAUCCGCAUUGUCGAUCUAUCAAACCUUCUCGGUAAAGAUUGGAUUCAACUGGCCUCAGAAAUCGAUAUCAGCACAGAGGAAGUCGAUGAAAUUAUUAAUCAGAAUACGGACAGUAUAGCCCGACAAGCCCAAAGUAUGAUCAGGUUAUAUAAGGAUAAGCCCAACUAUGACAUACACUCGUUAGAACAAGCUCUUAAAAACAUCGGACGCGAUGACAUUAUGAAUAAGUGUAAGAGUGGAAGACUCUCACAUUCUCGUGACUUUGAUGAGACUGACAUUAUGAAGAACUCCGAGUCUGUCGAAGAGCUGGUCCGACAAGAAAGCAAACGGAUACAGCAAAUUCAUGAACGUGAAGAAAUCAAGUAUUCAGCCGAAGAAAAGGAGAUUGAAGAGUCAGAGUCUGAUGAAGAGAUUGCUAAACGGACAGUAGCAGAACGUAGAGAUAAAAUUGUGAAACGACUUUCGGUUGAACGUCAAAUACCUGCAUCGUCCCAGAAAAAGGAAAUAACCCGCGAAAUAACAGAGAUCAAGCGCAAGAGUCUCAUCGAAGACAAGAAAGCAAUUCAUGAAUCUGAGAUUUUCAUGCAAUUACCCGCUGACAACAGCGUCAAGUCGGCAGUUGUGCCUGAACAAGUGAUUAAAAUGAAAAUGGGAAAAAUAGACUCAACAGAAGUGAGCAAAAGUGAUUUUGACAAAGAGUUGACACACAAAUUCAAGUCCUCCAGUCGUAGUUCGGAAGAAGAACCUGAGGUGGAAGACACCUCAAGCGCCCGCCAGUUAGGUCACGAAGAAGUUGACAACCUAAAGAUUGUCAAGGACAUAACAAGUGUGGAAAAACCAAGCAAAAUAAUUGAUUCACUAAUAGGCGAAAAACCAUCGAUGGAAUCCGGAUCUAAGCAAUUGACGGAAGACUUUUUGGCUUUUGAGAAAUUAACACAACUACCGUCCCAAGUACUGUCUACUACUACUAUUACUACUACUACCGAUAUAACCGAGAAAUUUGUUGAGGAAGUUAAAGAAAAAUCAGAUGAAGGAAAAAUAGAUGAUGAAAUAAAAGAGACGGCUGCAGAAGUUGUCACAGAAACUAUGGAAACUGCAAGCAAAAAAGUUGAGAGUAUUAUUUCAUCAUUCGAGUCCUCGAAACCAGAAAAGCAACCCUCAACCAAAGAGACACUUAAGGGCGUUCAAGAUUUUAUAACUGCAGAAAGAAAAUCAUUUGUGGAUUCUGCAAAGACAUUCACUAAAGAAGAAGAAACAAAAGUAGAAGAAUCUAUUGUUGAAACUAAAGAAUCAAUUAUUAGCGAAACAAUCAGCGUAAAGGAUAAAAUUAAAGCUUUUACUGAAACUAAAUUAGACGACAUUUCAGAUAAAAUUGCCAGCACCAAAGAUUCUUUUAAAAAAGAAAGCACUAAAGUUGAGGAAUCCUUAAAAUCAUUUGAGGAAUCCCAAACAGAUGCUAUAGAAAGUGAAACAACUAAACUCACAGAGGAAAUUUCAAGUGAAAUAAAGAGCGUAUCUGAUGCAAUAAAAACAUUUUCGGAAACCCAAGUAAAAGAAUUGAAAUCCGAAACAGCCAAAAUUGAUAAGAAUAUUUUGCAGACUAAAGAUUCUAUUGCAACAGCAACAGAAAGUACUGCUGAUAAAAUCGUAUCAUUUGUCGAUACUAAAACAAAUGAACUCCAAACGGAAACUGCUGCCUUACAAAGUCUAAUAACGGACACUAAAGAUACUAAAAUUAGUGAAACCAUUAAUAUACUUCAAACAACUAAAGAUUUUAUUUCAUCAGAAACAAAAAAUAUCACCGAAGCAUUUAAAUCGAAAAUUGACGAAGUUAAGAAGGAAACUGAAGAAACUAAAGAACAUGUUAUAGACAAAAAAGACUCACUUAUUUCCGAAUCAAAGAGUGUUGCCGAAACAAUUAAAGCCUUUAAUGAACCAAAAAUUGAAGACGUAAAAAUUGCAAAAGAAUCCAUUGUAAAAGAGACAAAGUCUUUGUUCGAUAAAAGCACAGAAGAAUUUAAAGAACAACUUUCCGAAGCAAAGGAAACAGUUAUAUCCGAAACCCAAAGCGUAUCUGAAACAAUAAAAGCUUUCGCCGAACCUAAACUGGAGGACAUCAAAAAAGAAACAUCAAAGGUUGAAACCAAAGUUGAAUUUGCAAAAGAUUCUAUUGAUAAGCAAUUUAAGGAGCAAGUUCACGAAACAAAGGAUACUAUUAUUACAGAAACCAAGAGUGUGGCUGAGACAAUUAAAGUUUUUGCAGAACCAAAAGCUGAUGAUAUCAAAAAGGAAGCUUCAAAGAUCGAAUCUAAACUUGAGGAAACUAAAACGUUCUAUGACAAAAGUUCUGAAGAAUUUAAAGAACACGUUGCCGAUAUGAAAGACGGAAUUGUAACAGAAACGAAGAGUGUAACUGAAACAAUCAAAGCUUUCACUGAACCCAAAUUGGACGACUUCAAAAAAGAAACUGCGAAAUUAGAAACGGAGAUGACAUCAACAAAGGAUUCAAUAGUUAAAGAAACAAAAUCCUUAUUUGAUACAAAAACUGAUGAAUUCAAGAAACAUGUUGAGGAAAAAAAAGACUCAUUCGUCACAGAAACUAAGAGUGUUGCAGAAACAAUUAAAACGUUCUCAGAACCCAAAAUAGAAGACAUCAAAAAGACAACUUCGGAACUAGACAGUAAAGUUGAUUUAGCAAAAGAAUCGAUCGUCCAACAAACUGAAUCUUACUAUGAUACAAAAUCAGAGGAAAUAAAGGAAUAUGUUUCCGAUAAAAAAGAUUCAAUUAUUACAGAAACAAAAACUGUUGCUGAAACUAUUAAAGCUUUUACAGAACCCAAAAUUGAUGACAUUAAAAAAGAACCCUCAAAAGUAGAAACUAAAGUAGGAUUUGCAAAAGACUCUAUUGUCGAAGAAACAAGAACACAAUUUGAUAAGAAAUCUGAUGAAGUGGAGCAUUUAAUAUCAGACACCAAAGAGACUCUUGUCAGAGAGACCAAGAGUGUAACUGAAACCAUUAAAGCUUUUACUGAACCCAAAAUUGAGGAUAUUAAAAAAGAUACUUCAAAAGUAGAAACCAAAGUAAGUGAAACUUUUAUUGCCGCAACCAAAAUUGCGGGAGAUACUAUCGAAACAAAAACGCAAGAUUUUAAAUUGGGUUUUGAAGAAAUGAAAGACAAGUUGUCAGACACUGAGGAUUUCAUAAUUACUGAAACCAAAACUGUUGCAGAAACAAUAAAAUCUUUUUCAGAACCAAAAGUAACGACCUCAAAGAUUGAAGAGAAAUUUGACGAUUUCAUUGACUCCACUAAAAAGGAGAGCAAGAAGGUUUCGGAAACAAUAAAAUCUCUUUCUGAAUCAUUUGAUAAAUCUAGUGCUGAACUGAAAUUUGAAAAGGAGAAAAUCAUACCAUCUGAUAAAAUCGAAGACAAAAUAGCUGAUUUCGAAGCGAAAAAAGUUACUUAUGAAUACCAUGGCUUGGAGCCAAAAUUAAGGGUUGGCCUACCAACAACAACCAAAGCAGAGGAUGAAAAGGAAACUAUUGUUUCUGCUCCCGAAGCUGCACCGAGAAAAAUCACUACCACUACAGAAGAAACUACAUUCGAAGAAUCUCUAGAAAAAUUAGAAGAAAUGAAAUCAAUUGUAGCCGAUGCUCGAAAAAUUACUAAGGACUUUUUAAGUAUGGAACAACAGUCUCAACUACCACUACAAACUAAAGUGGAGAUGAAAGAAGAAUCGAGACUUAUAGAGGAGACAAUUAAAACUACAAUAACAUUCCCACCAAUUGUCGAGAAAACUGUAACCGAGACAGUGACCAAAAAAAUUGAAGAGCAGGUUGAGUCUAAACCGGAAACUAAAACUGUUUCUUAUGAAAGUGCAUUAAAGGAAACUGUCGAACCAUCAGUGCAAGAAACGGUAUUGGAUUCAAGAAAACUCACUCAUGAUUUCCUAAGUAUGGAACAAAAAUCUCAACUCCCUUGUGAAAAGCAGACUGCUGAUGAUAUCUCAGAAUUGUCAACUGAAUCUUCACAGCACUCUGUUGAAAAAUCUCCCAUUAUCGAAACCGAUUCUGAGAAAAUAUCACUUGAGCACUUUGAAAAAGCCGACAUUGAUGCCAGAAAAAUUACUCAUGAUUUUCUGAGCAUGGAACAAAAGCAACAACCCUUCUCUCCUCCUAAGGCUAAACCACAUGACGAAUUAGAGCAAACAAAACCAUCAUCUAUUAUCGAUGAAGUCCUUAUAAAAGCUACCGAUAUAAUGACAACAAUUUCAGCAGGCGCUGAAAUACCCAAAGAAGCCAUACCAUCACCAAAAGAGGAAAAAAUCGAAAAAGAGGAUUCAAAAUCUGUUUUAAAAUCUGAACAACUCAAAGACGAUGGCAUCGAGAUGGCCGCCCCCAUUAAAGAUGCUCAAGAAAUGCCUGCUUCAGUGGUAAAAACAUUAACUCAAGAUUUUCUUACCUUUGAGCAAUCCGUACCCAUGUAUACAACACCUAAAACAUCAACUGAAGAACCAAAAACAUCUACUGAUCGUCCGGAGGAUACCUUCGUGCCAACAACAUCAGAUCUUACAGAUUUCACUCAUCAACGUGUUAUCAAAAUGACUGGUGAUUUUCUUUCCAUGGAGCAAACUACCCACAAACCUCAAAAAGAUACAAGUGUCAAACCAACCGACGAAUUGAUGGCACCAAUUCCAAUUGAGCCACGUAAAUCAUUAACAGAUGCAGAAUUUUGCAAAUCAGUACAGGAAUCUAUAACUAAGAAAAUGAGCGAGGGACUAAUUGAAAUUAGUGACGAGCUUAAAAUAAAAGAAAGCGAUAUUCCACACUCGCAAACACCUCCACCAACACCAAUCGAGACUAAAAUUGAAAAAGAAGAGGAAGAAGUAAUACAUCAGAAACCCACAAUGGACGAAGAUAAUGUGAUUGAUACCAUAAAAACAUUGCACAAAACCACAGAGUCCACAUUUGAACGUGUCUCUACCAUUUCAACUAUAGAGCACUUCAGCAUUCAAAACAUUAAACCUUAUGCUAGUAGUAGCGCAACUUUCUCCACCAUUGUUACUAAAGAACUAAUUGAAUCCAAGAAGUUGCCUAAAGAAAUGUUAGAAAUUCAUGAAACUCCCACGUCAACAACAAAAAUCUACCACACUAAAGACACUCCCUCAUUUACAGAAAUGAGUGAAAGUAGUCGAACGAAAACACCCAAAAUAACAACAACCACAACAACAUUCCCUUUUACAAAAUCUACACCAAAAGUGGAAAAUGAAAACAUUCCUUCAGGGUUCGACAAGAAGAUCGCAACAAUGAUAGAGUUAACACCAUCUGAAACUGUACCCGUUAUAAGCGAUAGAGAUUAUUUGGAGCAAAUUAUGAAAUGCGGCGAUGUUAAAAGGAAAAUACAGGAAUUGGAAACUCAGGGACUAUGUCCAACAGAUAUAAGUAAACAAUCGGAUUCAGAAUCCGAAUCAAUUGAUAAGAAUGCUUCAGUUAAAACUGUUGUACAUGCAAUAGAAGAAAAAAUUAUUGGAUCGACUGUCGAAGCGAUACCGUUUGCGGUACGAAAACGCCAGGGAAGCCACACUGAGUGUGACCUGCCACAAUUAGAAAAACAAAUUUUAAAUGAAGUUGAUGUUGCAUUGACACAGCUGACGACAUCAGAACCACCCAUCGACGUUGUUAAACUAUCGCCAAUCGAGGCAACUGAAAAGGAAUUUAGUAAUAUGAGCGCCAUUGAUGAGGUUGUUUGUGAAAAAAUAUGUCAAAAAAAGAAAACAUUUGAGGUGGCUGAAGAACCUACAAAACUAGAUAAGUUUGUCAAAGAUACGAAUGAAAUGAAUAUUAGUGACGACAUUGUAAAGUACAAAGAAAUUGAUGCAAUUACAGGGGAAAUGCCCAAAAAUGAUAAUGACACAUUACCAAAAGUUAGAGAAGUCGUAGAAGUAUUUGAGAAAAAAUUCCCAACAUCCACAGUAGAAGCCAUUCCAUUUAGCCCAAGACGGCGGGAAAAACGACCAACAGACUUAGAUACAGCCGAUGUGGAAAAACAAAUCUUAACCGAAACUGAUUUACUUUUAGAAAAACUUGCCCCCACAAUUACAGAGAAAAAGGUUCAAGUACCAACAAUAAAUAGUCCCCAACAAACUACAACACCUAUUGAAGAGACAUGCGAAGUAGUAUGUUCGCAACGUAGAAUUAGUGAAUUAGCAAAAUUGUUUGAAGUUCCAUCCGAAACUGUACAAAAUCAAACUCAGGAAUAUGACAAAACUAGUUUAGAUAAGAUUGAUUCCAAACAUAGUGAUACUAUAGAAACUGAAAAGACUGUGAACGAAAGUCAAUUACCAAAACUGAAUUUGACUUCCAACCAAACUAGUAUUAUUAAGCCAUUAGAAUAUAAAAGUACAACUCUACCCUUAGGUAAACCGAAAACCAUAGACAAUAAACCAAAGUUUAGCAUUUCCAAUGAAAUGUGGGAUAAUAAAAAUGAUCUCAGCACUGACUCACACCUUCCAACAGGCAGCGAAAUAACAGCUCAUGUCAAAGAAGAAAUAAGAAAAAUAUCAACUGUUGACCAGCACCGAACAGAGGUAUCGUCAACACUUGUUACCGGCGUGUCUCUAACCAAAACUUCAUUAGAGAUAUUCUCAAUAACAAGCGAACAACCAACAACAUUAGUGGUCGAUGAAACAAGAAAUAUCGAACAAGAAUAUACAAUCAGAAGAGAACCCUCAAGUUUUCCUUUAUUCAAAUCGACAAAUUUGCCCGACUCUCCUCAAAAUGGCACUGAUGUGUUAAUGGGCAAAAUUGCUGACAAAAUAACAUUUCCACCACUUAUUCAAAAAUCACAGACUGAAAUAGAAUCUUCCAAUGAUGAACAAUUAAAACAAAUUUACGAAAAUCAUAAAAUUAUGUCAUUACUUGAUAAACGUAAGACAAAUUCCAUAAAGAAUAUUGCCGGUAAUUUACCUUUUGAUAACGAUGAACCUCACUCAUCAUUUCCCAUCUCCGCCCAAACAAAACACUAUAUGGAACAAGAUAAGUUCAUUCAAGACAUACAAACUUUUCCCCCUGAACAAAUACAAACUUCUGUCAAAACAGUAUCAGAAGUGGACUCUGAAGAUGAUCUAGAACUAAACGAUUCGAAACUGAAAACUUCUCAGCAUUUAAUCGUCUCAACAAAAAAUAAUGUUGAAGACAAACCAAAAUCUCCUUUAGACUUGAAAAAAUCUGACAUUAAACCGACAACUAUCGAUGAUUCUGAUGUUGAAAUUGAAUUAGAGAAACCAAGAGAUAUUGAAUCGAAGCCUUCGAUGCCUCAAAUAUUUUCUGAUUUACCAGAAUCUUUAGAUAAAUCGGACAAACCAAAAUCUUCUAUAGAUUCGAAAACAUCUCCCAUUAAACCGACAUAUGUUGCUGAUUCUGAGGAUGAAUUAGAACUAAAGGAACCAACAGCUGUUGACCCAAAGCCUUCGAUUCCUUCACAAUUUUCUGAUUUACCAGAAUCUCUAGACAAAUCAGACAAGCCAAAAUCUCCUGUAGACUCCAAAACAUCUCCCGCUAAACCGACAUCUGUUGAUGAUUCUGAAGAUAAAUCUGAACUAAAGAAACCAAUAGCUAUUGACUCGGAGCUUUCGAUGCCUCCACAAUUUUCAGAUUUACCAGAAUCUCUAAACAAGUCGGCAAAACUGAUAUCACCUACAGAUUUGAAAAUGUCUCCGAUUAAACCGACAUCUGUUGAUGAUUCUGAAGAUGAAAUUGACUCGAAGCCUACGAUGCCUCCACAAUUUUCUGAUUUACCAGAAUCUCUAGACAAAUCGGACAAACCAAAAUCUACUGUAGAUUCGAAAACAUCUUUCAUUAAACCGACAUCUGCUGAUGAUAAUGAAGCUGCAAUUGAACUCAAGAAAUCAACUGCUAUUGACUCAAAGCCUUCAAUGCCCACACCAUUUUCUGAAUUACCAGAUUCUCUAGACAAAUCGGACAAGCCAAAACCUCCUGCAGAUUCGAAAGUAUCUCCAAUUAAACCGACAGAAUCAUCACCAUCUGUUAAUGAUUCUGAAGAUGCAAUUGAACUCAAGAAACCAGAAGCUAUUGCCUUGAAGCCUUCGAUACCUAAACAAUUUUCGGAUUUACAAGAAUCUCUAGACAAAUCGGAAAAAUCAAUAUCUCCUAUAGAUUCAAAAACAGCUUCCAUUAAACCGACAUCUGUUGAUGAUAAUAAAGAUGAAAUUAAACUCAAGAAACCAACAGCUACUGACUCAAAGCCUUCAAUGCCUACACGAUUUUCUGAAUUACCAGAAUUUCUAGACAAAUCGGCCAAACCAAAAUCUCCUGUAGAUUCGCAAACAUCUCCCGUUAAACAGACAUCUGGUGAUUCUGAAGAUAAAUUUGAACUAAAGAAACCAACAGCUAUUGACUCGAAGCCUUCGAUGCUUCCACAAUUUUCUGAAUUACCAGAAUCUCUAGAAAAAUCGGACAAACCAAAAUCUCCUGUAGAUUCGAAAACAUUUCCCAUUAAACCGACAUCUUUUGAUGAUUCUGAAGAUGAAAUUGAACUCAAGAGACCAACAGUUACUGACUCGAAGCCUUCGUUGCAUCCACAAUUUUCUGAAUUAACAGAAACUCUAGACAAAUCGGACAAACCAAACCCUCUUGUAGAUUCUAAAAAAAUAUCUCCCAUUAAACCGAUAUCUGUAGAUGAUACUAAAGAUGAAAGUGAACUCAAGAAACCAACAGCUAUUGACUCCAAACCUUCGAUUCCUCCACAAUUUUUUGAUUUACCAGAAUCUUUAGACAAAUCGGACAAACCAAAAUCUCCUGUAGAUUCGAAAACAUCUCCCAUUAAACCGUCAUCUGCAGAUGAUUCUGAAGAUAAAUUUGAACUAAAGAAACCAACAGCUAUUGACUCGAAGCAUUCGAUUCCCCCACAAUUUUCUGAAUUACCAGAAUCUCUAGACAAAUUGGACAAACCAAAUUCUCCUGUAGAUUCGAAAACAUCUCCCAUUAAACCGACAUCUUUUGAUGUUUCUGAAGAUGAAAUUGAACUCAAGAAACCAACAGCUAUUGACUCAAAAUCUUCGAUUCCCCCACAAUUUUCUGAUUUACCAGAAUCUCUAGACAAAUCGGAAAAACCAAAAUCUCCUGUGGCUUCGAAAAUGUCUCCCAUUAAACCGACAUCUUUUGAUGAUUCUGAAGAUGAAAUUGAUCUCAAAAAACCAACAGCUAUUGACUCGAAACCUUCGAUUCCUCCACAAUUUUCUGAAUUACCAGAAUCUCUAGACAAAUCGGACAAACCAAAAUCUCCUGCUAAACCGACAUCUUUUGAUGAUUCUGAAGAUGAAAUUGAACUCAAGAAACCAACAGCAAUUGACUUGAAAACUUCGAUUCCUCCACAAUUUUCUGAUUUACCACAAUCUCUAGACAAAUCGGACAAACCAAAACUUCCUGUAGAUUCGAAAACAUUUCCUAUUAAACCGAUAUCUGUUGAUGAUUCUGAAGAUGAAACUGAACUCAAGAAACCAACAGAUAUUGACUCGAAGCCUUCGAUGACUACACAGUUUUCUGAAUUACAAGAAUCUUCAGACAAAUCGGACAAACCAAAAUCUCCUGUAGAUUCGAAAAUAUCUCCCACUAAACAGACACAUUUUGAUGAUUCAGUAGAUGAAAUUGAACUCAAGAAACCAACAGCUAUUGACUCGAAACCUUCGAUACCUCCACAAUUUUCUGAAUUACUAGAAUCUCUAGACAAAUCUGACAAACCAAAAUCUCCUAAAGAUUCGAAAACAUUUCCCAUUACACUGAUACCUGUUGAUGAUUCUGAAGAUGAAACUGAACUCAAGAAACCAACAGAUAUUGACUCGAAGCCUUCGAUGACUACACAAUUUUCUGAAUUACCAGAAUCUCUAGACAAAUCGGACAAACCAAAAUCUCAUGUGGAUUCGAAAAUAUCUCCCAUUAAACCGACAUCUUUUGAUGGUUCUGAAGAUGAAAUUGAAUCUGAAGAUGUAUUUGAACUAAGGCAACCAACUGCUAUUGAUGCGAAGCCUUCGAUGCUUCCACAAUUUUCUGAAUUACCAGAAUCUCUAGACAGCUCGGACAAACCAAAAUCUUCUGCAGAUUCGAAAAUAUCUCCCAUUAAACCGACAUCUGCUGAUGAUUCUGAAGAUGAAAUUGAACUCAAGAAACCAACAGAUAUUGCCUUGAAACAUUCGAUUCCUCCUCAAUUUUCUGAUUUACCAGAAUCUCUAGACAAAUCGGACAAACCAAAAUCUCCUGUAGAUUCGAAAACAUCUCCCAUUAAAGCGACAUCUGCAUAUAAUUCUGAAGAUAAAUUUGAACUCAAGAAACCAACAGGUAUUGACUCGAAACCUUCGAUACCUCUACAAUUUUCUGAUUUACCAGAAUCUCUAGACAAAUCGGACAAACCAAAAUCUCCUGUAGAUUCGAAAAUAUCUCCCAUUAAACCAAUAUCUGUAGAUGAUACUAAAGAUGAAAUUGAAAUCAAGAAACCAACAGCUAUUGAAUCGAAACCUUUGAUUUCUCCACAAUUUUCUGAUUUAACAGAAUCUCUAGACAAAUCGGACAAACAAAAAUCUCCUUUAGGUUUGAAAACAUUUCCCAUUAAACCGAAAUCUGUUGAUGAUUCUGAAGAUGAAAGUGAACUCAAGAAACCAACAGCUAUUGACUCGAAGCCUUCGAUGCUUCCACAAUUUUCCGAAUUACCAGAAUCUCUAGACAAAUCGGACAACCCAAAAUCUCCUGUAGAUUCGAAAUCAUCUCCCGUUGAACCGACAUCUGCAGAUGAUUCUGAAGAUGAAACUGAACUCAAAAAACCAACAGAUAUUGACUCGAAGCCUUUGAUGACCACACAAUUUGCUGAAUUACUAGAAUCUGUAGACAAAUCGGACAAACCAAAAUCUCCUGUAGAUUCGAAAACAUCUCCUGCUAAACCGAUAUCUGUAGAUAAUACUAAUGAUGAAAUUGAACUCAAGAAUCCAACAUAUAUUGACUCGAAACCUUUGAUUCUUCCACAUCUUUCUGGUUUACCAGAAUCGCUAGACAAAUCGGACAAACCAAAAUCACCUGUAGAUUCGAAAAUAUCUCCCAUUAAACCGACAUCUUUUGAUGAUUCUGAAGAUGAAAUUGAACUCAAGAGACCAACAGCUAUUGACUCGAAGCCUUCGAUGCCUCCACAGUUUUCUGAAUUACUAGAAUCUAUAGACAAAUCGGACAAACCAAAAUCUCCUGUAGAUUCGAAAACAUCUCCCAUUAAACCGACAUCUUUUGAUGAUUCUGAAGAUGAAAUUGAACUCAAGAAACAAACAGCUAUUGACUCCAAACCUUCGAUUCCUCCAAAAUUUUCUGAUUUCCCAGAUCCUCUAGACAAAUCGGACAAACCAAAAUCUCCUGUCGAUACGAAAACAUCUCCCAUUAAACUGAUAUCUGUUGAUGAUUCUGAAGAUGAAUUUGAACUAAAGAAACCAACAGCUAGUGGCUCGAAGCCUUCGAUGCUUCCACAAUUUUCUGAUUUACCAGAAUCUCUAGACAAAUCGGACAAACCAAAAUCUCCUGUAGAUUCGAAAACUUUUCCCAUUAAACCGACAUCUUUUGAUGAUUCUGAAGAUGAAAUUGAACUCAAGAAACAAACAGCUAUUGACUCCAAACCUUCGAUUCCUCCAAAAUUUUCUGAUUUCCCAGAUCCUCUAGACAAAUCGGACAAACCAAAAUCUCCUGUAGAUUCGAAAACAUCUCCCAUUAAACUGACAUCUGUUGAUGAUUCUGAAGAUGAACUUGAACUUAAGAAACCAACAGCUAGUGACUCGAAGCCUUCGAUGCUUCCACAAUUUUCUGAAUUAACAGAAACUCUAGACAAAUCGGACAAACCAAAAUCUCCUGUAGAUUCAAAAACUUCUCCCAUUAAACCGACAUCUUUUGAUGAUUCUGAAGAUGAAAAUGAACUCAAGAAACAAACAGCUAUUGACUCCAAACCUUCGAUUCCUCCAAAAUUUUCUGAUUUCCCAGAUCCUCUAGACAAAUCAGACAAACCAAAAUCUCCUGUAGAUUCGAAAACAUCUCCCAUGAAACUGACAUCCGUUGAUGAUUCUGAAGAUGAAUUUGAACUAAAGAAACCAACAGCUAUUGACUCGACACCUUCGAUGCUUCCACAAUUUUCUGAAUUACCAGAAUCGCUAGACCAAUUGGACAAACCAAAAUCUCCUGUAGAUUCGAAAACAUCUCUUGGUAAACCGACAUCUUUUGAUAAUUCUGAAGAUGAAAUUGAACUCAAGAAACCAACAGCUAUUGACUCGAAACCUUCGAUUCCUCCACAAUUUUCUGAUUUACCAAAAUCUCUACACAAAUCGGACAAGCCAAAAUCUCCUGUAGGUUCGAAAACAUCUCCCAUUAAGCUGACAUCUGCAGAUGAUUCUGAAGAUGAAUUUGAACUAAAGAAACCAACAGCUAUUGACCCAAAGCCUUCGAUGCUUCCACAAUUUUCUGAAUUACGAGAAUCUCUAGACAAGUCGGACAAACCAAAAUCUCCUGUAGAUUCGAAAACAUCUCUGGCUAAACCGACAUCUUUUGAUGAUUCUGAAGAUAAAAUUGAACUCAAGAAACCAGCAGCUAGUGAUAAGAAGCCUUCGAUGCCUCCACAAUUUUCUGAUUUACCAGAAUCUCUAGACAAAUCGCACAAACCAAAAUCUCCUGUGGAUUCGAAAAUGUCUCCCAUUAAACUGACAUCAGUUGAUGAUUCUGAAGAUGAAUUUGAACUCAAGAAACCAACAGAUAUUGACUCGAAGCCUUCGAUGACUACACAAUUUUCUGAAUUACCAGGAUCUCUAGACAAAUCCGACAAACUGAAAUCUCCUUUAGAUUCGAAAACAUUUCCCAUUAAACCAGUAUCUGUUGAUGAUUCUGAAGAUGAAUCUGAACUCAAGAAACCAACAGACAUUGACUCGAAGCCUUCGAAGACUACACAAUUUUCUGAAUUACCAGAAUCUCUAGACAAAUCGGAUAAACCAAAAUCUCCUGUAGAUUCGAAAACUUCUCCUGCUAAACCGAAAUCUCCUGUAGAUUCGAAAACAUCUCCUGCUAAACCGACAUCUUUUGAUGAUUCUGAAGAUGAAAUGGAACUCGGGAAACCACCAGCUAUUGACCAGAAGCCUUCGAUGCCUCCACAAUUUUCUGAAUUACCAGAAUCUCUAGACAAAUCGGACAAACCAAAAUCUCCUGUAGAUUCGAAAACAUCUCCCAUUAAACCGACAUCUUUUGAUGAUUCUGAAGAUGAAUUUGAACUCAAGAAACCAACAGCUACUGACCCAAAACCUUCGAUUCCUCCACAUUUUUCUGAUUUACCAGAAUCUCUUGACAAAUCGGACAAACCAAAAUCUCCUGGAGAUUCGAAAACAUCUCCCAUUAAACCGACAUCUGCAGAUGAUUCUGAAUAUGAAUUUGAACUCAAGAAACCAACAGCUACUGACCCAAAACCUUCGACUCCUCCACAAUUUUUUGAUUUACCAGAAUCUCUAGAUAAAUCGGACAAACCAAAAUCUACUGUAGAUUCGAAAAUAUCUCCCAUUAAACCGACAUCUUUUGAUGAUUCUGAAGAUGAAAUUGAACUUAAGAAACCAACAGCUACUGACCCAAAACCUUCGACUCCUCCACAAUUUUCUGAUUUACCAGAAUCUCUAGACAAAUCGGACAAACCAAAAUCUCCUGUAGAUUCGAAAACAUCCCCCAUUAAACCGAUAUCUGUUGAUGAUACUAGAGAUAAAAUUGAACCUAUGAUACCAACAGCUACUGACCUAAAACCUUCGAUUCCUCCACAAUUUUCUGAUUUAGCAGAAUCUCUGGACAAAUCGGACAAACCAAAAUCUCCUGUAGAUUCGAAAAUAUCCCCCAUUAAACCGACAUCUUUUGAUGAUUCUGAAGAUGAAAUUGAACUCAAGAAACCAACAGCUAUUGACUCGAAACCUUCGAUACCUCCACAAUUUUCUGAUUUACCAGAAUCUCUAGACAAAUCGGGCAAACCAAAAUCUCCAAUAGAUUCGAAAAAAUCUCCCAUUAAGCCGACAUCUUUUGAUGAUUCUGAAGAUGAAAUUGAACUCAAGAAACCAACAGCUAUUGACUCGAAACCUGCGAUUCCUCCACAAUUUUCUGAAUUACCAGGAUCUCUAGACAAAUCGGACAAACCAAAAUCUCCUGUAGAUUCGAAAAUAUCUCCCAUUAAACCGACAUCUGCAGAUGAUCCUGAAGAUGAAAUUGAACUCAAGAAACCAACAGCUACUGACCCAAAACCUUCGAUUCCUCCACAAUUUUCUGAUUUAGCAGAAUCUCUAGACAAAUCGGAUAAACCAAAAUCUCCUGUAGAUUCGAAAAUAUCCCCCAUUAAACCGACAUCUUUUGAUGAUUCUGAAGAUGAAAUUGAACUCAAGAAACCAACAGCUAUUGACUCGAAACCUUCGAUACCUCCACAAUUUUCUGAUUUACCAGAAUCUCUAGACAAAUCGGACAAACCAAAAUCUCCUGUAGAUUCGAAAACAUCCCCCAUUAAACUGAUGCCUGCUGCCGAUACUAAAGAUGAAACUGAACUCAAGAAACCAACGGAUAUUGACUCGAAGCAUUCGAUACUUCCACAGUUUUCUGAAUUGCCAGAAUCUGUAGACAAAUCGGACAAACCAAAAUCUCCAAUAGAUUCGAAAAAAUCUCCCAUUAAGCCGACAUCUUUUGAUGAUUCUGAAGAUGAAAUUGAACUCAAGAAACCAACAGCUAUUGACUCGAAACCUGAGAUUCCUCCACAAUUUUCUGAAUUACCAGGAUCUCUAGACAAAUCGGACAAACCAAAAUCUCCUGUAGAUUCGAAAACAUCUCUCAUUAAACCGACAUCUGCAGAUGAUCCUGAAGAUGAAAUUGAACUCAAGAAACCAACAGCUACUGACCCAAAACCUUCGAUUCCUCCACAAUUUUCUGAUUUAGCAGAAUCUCUAGACAAAUCGGAUAAACCAAAAUCUCCUGUAGAUUCGAAAAUAUCUCCCAUUAAACCGACAUCUUUUGAUGAUUCUGAAGAUGAAAUUGAACUCAAGAAACCAACAGCUAUUGACUCGAAACCUUCGAUUCCUCCUCAAUUUUCUGAUUUACCAGAAUUUCUAGAUAAAUCGGACAAACCAAAAUCUCCUGUAGAUUCGAAAACAUCUCCCUUUAAACUGAUGCCUGCUGCCGAUACUAAAGAUGAAACUGAACUCAAAAAACCAACCGCUAUUGACUCGAAGCCUUCUAUGCCUCCACAAUUUUCUGAUUUACCAAAAUCUCUAGACAAAUCGGACAAACCAAAAUCUCCUGUGAAUUCGAAAAUGUCUCCCAUUAAACCGACAUCUUUUGAUGAUUCCGAAGAUGAAAUUGAAUCUGAAGAUGUAUUUGAACUAAGGCAACCAACUGCUAUUGAUGCGAAGCCUUCGAUGCUUCCACAAUUUUCUGAAUUACCAGAAUCUCUAGACAAAUCGGAAAAACCAAAAUCUCACGUAGAUUCGAAAACAUCUCUCAUAAAACUGACAUCUGCAGAUGAUUCUGAAGAUGAAUUUGAACUAAAGAAACCAACAGCUACUGACUCGAAGCAUUCGAUGCUUCCACAAUUUUCUGAAUUACCAGAAUCUCUAGACAAAUCAGAUAAACCAAAGUCUCCUGUAGAUUCGAAAACAUCUCCCAUUAAACCGAUAUCUGUAGAUGGUACUAAAGAUGAAAUUGAACUCAAGAAACCAACAGCUACUGACCCAAAACCUUCGAUUCCUCCACAAUUUUCUGAUUUAGCAGAAUCUCUAAACAAAUCGGACAAACCAAAAUCUCCUGUAGAUUCGAAAAUAUCUCCCAUUAAACCGACAUCUUUUGAUGAUUCCGAAGAUGAAAUUGAAUCUGAAGAUGUAUUUGAACUAAGGCAACCAACUGCUAUUGAUGCCAAGCCUUCGAUGCUUCCACAAUUUUCUGAAUUACCAGAAUCUCUAGACAGCUCGGACAAACCAAAAUCUCCUGUAGAUUCGAAAACAUCUCUCAUAAAACUGACAUCUGCAGAUGAUUCUGAAGAUGAAUUUGAACUAAAGAAACCAACAGCUACUGACUCGAAGCAUUCGAUGCUUCCACAAUUUUCUGAAUUACCAGAAUCUCUAGACAAAUCAGAUAAACCAAAAUCUCCUGUAGAUUCGAAAACAUCUCCCAUUAAACCGAUAUCUGUAGAUGAUACUAAAUAUGAAAUUGAACUCAAGAAACCAACAGCUAUUGACUCAAAACCUUCGAUUCCUCCACAAUUUUCUGAUUUGCCAGAAUCUCUAGACAAAUCGGAUAAACCAAAAUCUCCUGUAUAUUCGAAAACAUCUCCUGCUAAACCUGAAGAUGAUUCUGAAGAUGAAUUUGAAAUCAAGAAACCAACAGCUAUUGACUCGAAGCCUUCGAAGCUUCCACAAUUUUCUGAAUUACCAGAAUCUCUAGACAAAUCGGACAAACCAAAAUCUCCUGUAGAUUCGAAAACAUCUCCCAUUAAACCGAUAUCUGUAGAUGAUACUAAAGAUGAAAUUGAACUCAAGAAACCAACAGCUAUUGACUCGAAACCUUCGAUUCCUCCACAAUGUUCUGAUUUACCAGAAUCUCUAGACAAAUCGGACGAACCAAAAUCUCCUGUAGAUUCGAAAACAUCUCCCAAUAAACUGACACCUGUAGACGAUACUAAAGAUAAAAUUGAACUCAAGAAACCAACAGUUAGUGACUCGAAGCCUUUGAUGCCUCCACAAUUUUCUGAUUUACCAGGAUCUCUAGACAAAUCGGACAAACCUAAAUCUCCUGUGGAUUCAAAGAUAUCUCCCAUUAAACCGAUAUCUGCAGAUGAUUCUGAAGAUAAAUUUGAUCAAAAGAAACCAACAGCUAUUGACUCGAAGCCUUCGAUGCUUCCACAAUUUUCUGAAUUACCAGAAUCUCUAGACAAAUCGGACAAACCAAAAUCUCCUGUAGAUUCGAAAACAUCUUCUGCUAAACCUGCAGAUGAUUCAGAAGAUGAAAUUGAAAUCGAGAAACCAACAGCUAUUGACUCGAAACCUUCGAUGCUUCCACAAUUUUCUGAAUUACCAGAAUCUCUAGACAAAUCAGACAAACCAAAAUCUCCUGUAUAUUCGAAAACAUCUCCUGCUAAACCUGCAGAUGUUUCUGAAGAUGAAUAUGAAAUCAAGAAACCAACAGCUAUUGACUCGAAGCCUUCGAAGCUUCCACAAUUUUCUGAAUUACCAGAAUCUCUAGACAAAUCGGACAAACCAAAAUCUACUGUUGAUUCGAAAACAUCUCCUGCUAAACCUGCAGAUGAUUCUGAAGAUGAAUUUGAAAUCAAGAAACCAACAGCUAUUGACUCGAAGCCUUCGAUGCCUCCACAAUUUUCUGAUUUACCAAAAUCUCUAGACAAAUCGGACAAACCAAAAUCUCCUGUGAAUUCGAAAAUGUCUCCCAUUAAACCGACAUCUUUUGAUGAUUCUGAAGAUGAAAUUGAAUCUGAAGAUGUAUUUGAACUAAGGCAACCAACUGCUAUUGAUGCGAAGCCUUCGAUGCUUCCACAAUUUUCUGAAUUACCAAAAUCUCUAGACAGCUCGGACAAACCAAAAUCUCCUGUAGAUUCGAAAACAUCUCUCAUUAAACUGACAUCUGCAGAUGAUUCUAAAGAUGAAUUUGAACUAAAGAAACCAACAGCUACUGACUCGACGCAUUCGAUGCUUCCACAAUUUUCUGAAUUACCAGAAUCUCUAGACAAAUCAGAUAAACCAAAAUCUCCUGUAGAUUCGAAAACAUCUCCCAUUAAACUGAUAUUUGUAGAUGAUACUAAAGAUGAAAUUGAACUCAAGAAACCAACAGCUAUUGACUCGAAACCUUCGAAUCCUCCACAAUGUUCUGAUUUACCAGAAUCUCUAGACAAAUCGGACGAACCAAAAUCUCCUGUAGAUUCGAAAACAUAUCCCAAUAAACUGACAUCUGUAGACGAUACUAAAGAUGAAAUUGAACUCAAGAAACCAACAGUUAGUGACUCGAAGCCUUUGAUGCCUCCACAAUUUUCGGAUUUACCAGAAUCUCUAGACAAAUCGGACAAACCUAAAUCUCCUGUGGUUUCAAAGAUAUCUCCCAUUACACCGACAUCUGCAGAUGAUUCUAAAGAUAAAUUUGAUCAAAAGAAACCAACAGCUAUUGACUCGAAGCCUUCGAUGCUUCCACAAUUUUCUGAAUUACCAGAAUCUCUAGACAAAUCGGACAAACCAAAAUCUCCUGUAUAUUUGAAAACAUCUCCUGCUAAACCUGCAGAUGAUUCUGAAGAUGAAUUUGAAAUCAAGAAACCAACAGCUAUUGACUCGAAGCCUUCGAAGCUUCCACAAUUUUCUGAAUUACCAGAAUCUCUAGACAAAUCGGACAAACCAAAAUCUCCUGUAGAUUCGAAAACAUCUCCUGCUAAACCUUCAGAUGAUUCACAAGAUGAAUUGAAAAUCAAGAAACCAACAGCUAUUGACUCGAAGCCUUCGAUGCCUCCACAAUUUUCUGAUUUACCAAAAUCUCUAGACAAAUCGGACAAACCAAAAUCUCCUAUGAAUUCGAAAAUGUCUCCCAUUAAACCGACGUCUUUUGAUGAUUCUGAAGAUGAAAUUGAAUCUGAAGAUGUAUUUGAACUAAGGCAACCAACUGCUAUUGAUGCGAAGCCUUCGAUGCUUCCACAAUUUUCUGAAUUACCAAAAUCUCUAGACAAAUCGGACAAACCAAAAUCUCCUAUAGAUUCGAAAACAUCUUCUGCAAAACCUGCAGAUGAUUCAGAAUAUGAAAUUGAAAUCGAGAAACCAACAGCUAUUGACUCGAAACCUUCGAUGCUUCCACAAUAUUCUGAAUUUCCAGAAUCUUUAGACAAAUCGGACAAAUGA